AUGCCCCAACAACGCCUUAAUUUCGUUCAUACGUCACAACGAAGAGCUUCGUCAAUAUCGGACGACAUUUCAUAUUUCAUCAGCCCGCAAUUAUGUGACCCCGACGAGAGCCAUACCUCUCAGUGCGAAUCGUCACGACCUCGCUCAGCGUCCACAGCUUCAUCCGCAAAGCCAAGGACAUCAUGGGUUUUCUCUCACAUGCCAGGUGAGGACAGAGAGACCAGCUACUACAACGAACGGACCGGGAAAGAGGAAUGGCGUUGCAAGCAUUGCAGCAAGACAUAUUGCUGUUCAGGCGGAACUGCGGCUCCAGCCAAGCACCUUACAGACCCUCCGCCUGAAGGUCACGGUCUCCCGAAAGGCGCCCCACGGACUGCAAAGGUGUCAAACAUACGGGCAAUUCUCGAAAAAGCCCGUCUUACGGCCCAAGAGAACCCCCAAAAGCGCCGCCGUUUAAAUGAUCAAUUGGGAGACUCGAUCGCGCCUGACCAGCUUGAAGCUUUGUACGUGAGGUUCAUUACGGCCUGUUCUUUGCCAUUUCGACUUGUGGAGUGUCCCGAGUUCCGGGCGCUCCUGGCCUAUCUCAAUACAGAUGUCGAUACGUGGCUCCCAGACACACACGAAACCAUUAAGAAAUGGAUUAUGCGACAGUUUAACAGUCAGAAAGAGAAGAUCAAGCAGGGCAUACAGUCGGCAAAGUCAAGAAUACAUAUCAGCUGCGAUCUUUGGACUUCGCCCAAUUCCUUGGCCAUCCUAGGCAUAGUCUCUCACUAUGUUACGGAAGACGGUCAAUUAGAGCACCAUACUUUGGCCUUGAAAGAGAUAGACAACGAGCAUGACGGUUCUCAUCUUGCCGCAGCAAUUUUGGAUGUGGUGGAUGACUGGGGUUUUGCAUCAAAGCUUGGAUAUUUCGUGAUGGAUAAUGCAAGCAACAACGAUACAAUGAGGGUGUCCCUUUCACUUGGCCUCCUUCGUCAAUUUGACGUCCAUUACGACCCUAAAGUUCACCGACUCCGUUGUCAGGGCCAUAUCAUUAACCUCGCCGCCAAAGCCUUUCUCUUCGUCACUGACAAUGAGAAGCUCGAACAUGAGGACUUCGGGAAUACCACAACAUUGAAAGAGAUCAGGGCUUGGCGGCAAAAAGGUCCUCUCGGCAAACUUCAUAACUUUGUUGUCUUCAUCCAACGAAGUGUUCAACGAAGCCAAAAGUUUCUUGUUCUUAGCCACAACCAUAAGCUUGCGCGAGACAACGACACGAGGUGGAGCUCGUGGCAUACUAUGUUGCGGACCGCCUUGAACCUCAGGAAUGCAAUUGAUGGCUAUUUCAGCAAAUGGAUGGAAGCAGAUUGCGCAGGAGACGAGCUUUCUAUGGAGGACUGGCUUAUCCUGGAGAAGAUCAAGUCUUUUUUAGAGAAGCUAAAAAUGACGACCAAGGCCCUCGAGUCAUCGUUUGCAACGCUUGACAAUGUCCUCUUGGCCAUGGACUUCAUGCUUGCACAGUUUGAAUCAGGGAAGGCGGCAAACGUUGACGAUCCGAUGAUGGGACCAAUGUACAACUCGGGCUGGGCGAAGUUGGACAAGUACUAUCGGCUUACUGAUGAGUCGCCGGCCUAUGUUGCGGCUAUCGUGCUGCACCCUUCGCAUAAAUGGCAUUACAUACAGGAGAACUGGAGAAAGGAAUGGGUCGAAUCCUCAAAGAUGUUGAUUCAAGCGCUGUGGGAGGAAUAUAAACCUGUGGAAUCCCCUCUUCCCCCAUCCGAGACUUCGUUAACGACUACGAACGAGUUCUUGAAUUGGAGGAACAAGCAUCUCCAGCCAUCGCUUAUCACGGAUGAGUACGAGCACUAUUGUAGGUCUGAACGGGCCUAUGGGUUCACAAGUGCACUUUCAUGGUGGCUAGAGGAGAGACAGCAGAAAACCUACCCUAACCUGGGCAAAAUGGCUGUAGACAUACUGUCAAUCCCUGCAAUGUCUGCCGAGCCUGAACGGCUCUUCUCUGGGGCAAAGAUAAAGAUCACGGAUCGUCGAAAUCGACUUGGGAGUGAUGUGAUUGAGGCGCUGGAGUGUUUGAAGUCAUGGUUUGGGAUACGAGAUUUUCACAGUGAGGAUAUUUCAGUGGCAGCAGGGGGAUGA